CAUCACAUCAAGGGUGAGUAAAGCGAAAUACCAGUUUUGUGUAUAAAUAUGAGAAGAGUGAGUAUAAAGAGCGUUAAGCUGUAGAACGAAAGUAGUUUGUUUAGUUGUGAAAAUUAACGACCUCGUCAAUCUGAUAUGUGAUGUGGAUGAGCAGUGGUAUUUACAGCGAGUGCUCCAUGCUCCGCAGGCUCGUGUGCACAACUGUUCCUCGUCUUCCAAUAAUCUCACCAAAACCAAAACCUCACAUUCCCAACUCCCUCACCCAAAAGCCCCCUUCCAACGCCAUCAAAUCCUUCUCUUCUUCCAAAAUGGGGGACGCUCGCAGACCCUUAUCCGUUCCCAUCCCCACCUUGGAAAAAUCCGAACGCGCUGAUCUCCUCCGCGCUCUGGAAGCUUCCCUAGGCUCCCCCUUCAGCUCCGACCCUCUCUCUGCCAACCCCAACCCUCUCAUCAUCGUCAUCAGCGGCCCCAGCGGCGUCGGCAAAGACACCCUUAUCGCGCGCCUCCGCGAGGCCCGCCGUGGCCUCCACUUUGUCGUCACCGCCACAACGCGCCCGCGCCGCCCCACUGAAGUCGACGGCAAGGACUACCUUUUCGUGUCGAAGGAGGAGUUUCUCGGGAUGGUGGAGCGGGAGGAGCUGCUCGAGUACGCCCUCGUCUAUGGGGACUACAAGGGCGUCCCCAAGCAGCAGAUUCGCGAAUGCCUCGCCAAGGGCUGUGACGCCGUUCUUAGGGUCGAUAUUCAGGGCGCUGCCACGCUGAGGAAGGCGCUUGGGAAGUCGGCGGUGUUUGUGUUCGUGGCGGCCGAGAGCGAGAUGGCUCUGGUGGAGAGGCUCGUGGACCGGAAGACGGAGACGGCGGAAUCGCUGCUGGUGAGGAUCGGCACCGCGAGAGAGGAGAUGAAGCAUAUGAAGAAUUUUGAUUAUGUUGUGGUGAAUGCGAAUGGGAAGCUGGAGAAUGCGGUGAAGUUGAUGGAGUCUAUCAUUGAUGCUGAGAAAGCUAGGGUUUCGCAACGGACUCCUCUCAUAUAAAGGACACUCACACGGAUUUAUGACGGAUGACAAGGUGGGGAUAGCAAAAUUUUAAUUUUUGAGUUCCGGUUAUUGCCAGUGAUGAGCUUGAUGUUUCUUUCCUGCAACUGGUGUCAUGAAGAGAAGUGGAUAAUGCUGGUAGUGAUUCUCUCAAUACUGCCAUAGAUUAAGUAUAAAAUGUGGUUGUUCUUGGUUAAUAGAACUUUUAAUUAUAAAGCCUAGUAUCAUUUAUUUAUUUUAUUUUAUUCAGUGACAUAGAUAGGUAGGAAGCAAAUUGAAUUUAGUGGAUGAAACAGUGAAUUGCACUUACACUGAUACCCUUGACACAACAUGUAAACCUUCUUAUGAAGAAGUGAUUCAAAAACCCCGUGGCUCAAACUUUAUCACAGCCUCUUUUUUUUUUAUGCAUAUACUAUAUUCCACUUCCUCUC